CGCCAUCUUGGAGCUGUCAAACGCGAGCCUCCUGCUGACGAUGCGCGACUGCGAGCCCUCGGCGGAGUCGGCUGUCGGAGUCGCGUCCUCGCGUCCUCGCGUCGUCCGGGCUCUGGCGUUCCGUACUAGACGCGCGACCUUCCAAAUCGCCGAUUUAGGUUAACCGCGUAGUAGAAGCCGUGCGGGGCCGUGUGCGUCGUCAUCAUCGACGCACGAUUCUGCGCGAGGUUUUCUGCAAAAAGUCUGCCCGCUAGGUUGAUCUCGCUGUAAAUAACUGCCGACGACGGAAUCGGGCGAGCUGCCUCCAUGCACCUUCGCUGAGACCACGCAGCGACGGGAGGGGUGGGGGGCGAGGAGCGAGGACGAAGGAGACAAGUCGACGGGGCGCGAACGCCCCGCUAGGAAGAGACGCCCUGGCGGAGUCGAAUGUCGAGGGAUUGCGGCGCGCGGACAUGGACGAGCACGAGAUACGUGUCCUCCCGCCCUUCUCGGCCGCCAACAGCAACAGCAACAGCAGUAAGGAACGCGCCAGGAAGAAGCUCUGGCGCAGCGCGGUAGAGAUAGUGGCGAGCGACGACGAGGAAUCGGACGCGGACGAGCACGAGUGCGGCUUCUUCUCGGCUAAGCGGCACUGCACCCAGCUCUCCAAGACCAACGAGGCUCGUCCAGACGCCGCGGAACAGGAGACGAGCGCUAAUGCCGAGACUCCGGCCAGCAACGUGGAAAAUAUCGAUUACGACGAAAUUAUAUACCAAAUACAGAUCGAGGAGAAACUCAAGUUGUGGCAAGCUUUCCAAGAGGAGGAGGGAUCUAUGGAUAACAGCAUUAACGAAGUGUUGGCUUACUAUAGAAUGAUGCAUCCGCCCGAUCCUCUGGAGGAAGACUCGGUCGGUUCCAGGUUCCAUUUGUCCUACAGAGGACAUGGAAACGACAUGGAGGACACGGCGGUAACGAUGGCGAUCCGCAAUCACGGCUUAGUCCAGUCGGCCGAGCUCGCUCUUCAGCCUCACUAUUGUAAAUGCAUAGGUGUCGAUUGUUCCUUUUCAUCCAAAUGUAUGUACGAACUCGAAGACUUCCCUUACGGGGCGGUCUACAGCAAUGUGGAAACGGGCAGAUGCAAUACGUUGGAUGCAGAUAAAGUAUACGAGUGCGAUCAACCGGAAGACUUCCUCGAGCGCGCCGUCGGGGAAGCGAUCAAGAAGAAAGGUCUAAGCGCUCUGAGUGUUGAUUACGGUUGAUCCAACGCUUCGUCUACGCUCGCUCUAAUUCCCUUAUUCCUCUGCUCUGUAAACCUCUGUAAACCACCACUACGUUUUAUACUUGAUUUCGGUCAUACGACAGUUGUAAUACGUUAUUACUCUGCGAGCGAUCAUGUCUUGAGACAUUUAUAUACACAUACAUAUAUACAUUCCGAUCUAACGACUCGCUUACAAGACAACUUCAACUUUAUUUUAUCAAGUAAUGUUAAGUAACGUCCAAGUUACUAUAGCGACUUUCCCUUUCGUUGUAGCGAUUAUCCUUUCAAUAGCCAGCCAUAUAGUAUUAAUAUUGCGUUAAUUGUGCCUCCAUACAGAUAAACGUAUGUAUGGAGAUAUAAUUAUAUAUAUAUAUAUAAUAUAUAUAUACGUUAAAUCAAACUAGCCUUGUAAACCACAUACAUAUACUUGAAAAGUAUAAGCAGCUAUUUUGAUUAUAGUAUAAAAUUUGUUUUAAUUAGAAACGUGUACGUUUCCUCUUCUUUGCAGUUGUCAAAUUUGUGACUCGCUUCUCCCUCUGUACUAUAAUAUUAAUUAUAACAUAUAUGAAGCCUA